AUGUCAUCUGCAGAAUCUGACUUGAUUAAAGAAAUCGAUAAGCUUGAUGAGGAAGAAAAGUUUCAAGAAAUUUAUGAUAAACUUACUCUCUCUAUUGAUAAAUUCGAUGGACUGUCGUUGGAACUUAUGUGGAGGCUGGCAAGAGCUUGUCGUUAUCUUGUUUUAACCAAAGGCCGCGAUGACAGUAAAUCUAAAGAAAAGUGGAUCCAAACAGGAUUAGAUGUAAUGAAGUCGGCAUUGGACAAAUAUCCAAAUGAAUGCCUUAGCAAUACUUGGUAUGGAAUCAUGUUAAACGUUAAAAGCGCCGAAGAAGGUAUUAAAAACAGGAUCAUGUUGGGAGAACAGAUUCGAACAUACUUUGAUAAAGGGUAUGCGGCUAAUAAGCACGAUUAUAUCACUCUUCAUUGCCUUGGAUCUUGGUGUUAUGAAGUAUCGUCGUUGAAUAGAUUGCAAAGAAUUUUUGCGAGGACUUUCUUUGGUGAACUUCCAGAGUCAAGCUAUGAUGAAGCUUUACGGUUCUUCUUAGAAGCUGAACAAGCCGAACCUGGCCAUAUAUUCACUCUUUGUCGAAUCGCUCAGUGCUAUGAAAAACUAGGUCAUGUUCAAGAAGCCAAAGAUUGGGCAUCAAAAGCCAUCAAACUUCAUGCUCCGGAUUUAGAAAUUAAGGAGGCUCAAAAGGACUGUUGCCGAAUUGCUGCAAAGUAG